CAAAAAAAAAAUUCUAUAACUAUCCUAAAUCACCAUAUAACUUUGACAUUUGCAAAACUGGUGAAGCUUUUCUUCUUUACUAAAACAAAAGUAGAACCAAAGUCAUUAGAGCUAUAGUUGAACCUAUAUAGUGGUAUAUCUAACCUAACUGGAAAGUUGAAAAGAAAACUCACACUAUCACUAAUUGGUGUAUACAUUAUUUUUUGGGCAUUGAUAAAUUGUUUAUAGGUCCUGAAUUGUGGAGUGCACCUAUGCAUCUUUACGUAAAUUAUUCAUUAAUGUAAUUGGUUUAAAUUGAACGAGAUCUCAUAUAAAGAUUGACGGAAAAAAACCUUUGUACAAAAAAAUUUCAAACUCGCCUAAGAACAAAAAAAAAAAAAACUAAUUAUUAAUCAUUUUAUACAAAUACCAAAUUUAUAGAAUCACUUUUUUUAAUUUAUAUAAUCAUUUUCGAUAAAUUACUCCUUACUUUUUUUUUUUUGUUGUUGAUAAUUACUCCAUACUUAUCAUUUGGCAUGUGAGGGCAAUGAGUAUAUAAAUAGGAGAUUUGUAAAUUCUGCAGCGGAGAGAAAGGAAAAGCUCACCAAACUCAGCCUGGGGGGAAUUGAUCUUGAUUUUGAUUGCUUGCACGAUCUUUCUCCGGCAGAAUCGACCGAUACGGAAGCUUAAUUCAUAUUAUAAUCUUGGAAUCUGUCUUCUCAAAGGCAAAAUCCAACUCCAUAUCAAAUCUCUCACUCUUCUUCCCUAUGAAUUAGUUUUCAGUUUCCCCUGUUUCCCCUUUUCCUUCGCUUUCUGGUUACGCACAAUCCUCUGCUUUUUCGUGCCGCACUUCCUUUUCCGUAACACCAACAACCAAGGAAGGUACGCUCCUCCUCGAUAAUCCCCACAUCCUACUUUCGGUUAUCUCGUCCUUCUUCCUCCUAAAGCUUCGAUCUUUAGCCGAAAAUUUUCUGGGCAUUUGCUUUGGGUUAACGGGCCGGACUCUGUUUGAUUUCGGUUCUGGAUUUUUCUGGGUAGGUUUUAGCUUUCUUCUCUUUGGGAUUCCGGAGCCAUUUUGGUUGUUGAAUGUUAGUUGAAGUUGGGUGUGUGUGAUCUUCCCAUUUGGUACGGCUUAUUUUGCUUGUUCUUUUUUUAUUUUAUCUCAAAUGAGACGCCGUUGUUUAUCCAAUUUGUUGUUAUGGACAGUGAGGGGAUUAGAAGAUUUGCUGUUUCGAGUUCCUUAUAGUAUGUAAUUAUGUUGAUCCAUGGCUUUCGGAUUAAUUGCAUUGUGCCACACUAAGUAUUUGAAUCUGCCAUUUCUGAUUCUCUUGGAAGAUCAACCUGUUUGCUGCAAUUCCAGAUUCACUUACUUUUCCUGUUACAUAAUUAUUACUUGUCCUUGAUGUGUAAUGGAUGGACUAAGUAAUGGUGUUUGAUAUUGAUGGUUGAUUCAGGUUUCUGUGAAAUGAUUAUUGUAUGUUCUCUUUCUGGUUUUGUCAUUGGGUUUCUCGAUCCAUUUUUUCUCAUAAGUCUGCAGAUUGAGAACCCUUUUCAUUGUUCUUGAUUAGUCUGGAUAUAGUACAGUUUUAGACUCCAAAUGUAGGUUCAUAAACAAUAUUGAGAACAAAUUAUGAAAAUCAGUUCUGAUUAAUUGCCUGUUCCUUUUUAUUUCCUCUGAAGGUUAAGAUUAGUAGAGUGUUUUAGAAAAUUUAUCUAUGGAGGUUGUUAAGAUUAUGACAAGGACAUUAUUUCUUGACAAGCCUGAGAUUCCCUUCUACAGAAUCAAAGGACUCUUCUCAAAGUUCAUUGCUUCUCGCGGCAUAACUUGGUAAGUUAUCAUUAUUUUGCUAAUUAUCUUGUAUUGCAUCUUCUGGUCAUACAAAUCACAGAUAUUUGAUGGUUUCUUCAGCUGAGCAUCUAUUUGCUGUUAUCUAGUCCUAUCCAAUGGCUGACCGGAGCAUCAGUCUGCCAGUGACUCCAGACUCAACUGAUUCAAGAAGAAGCUCUACUGGAAAGUUGACAUCUUCCAAGGACGGAGAAAAGAUUGUUCCCAAUUACCUGCGAGCUUCUACUGGCUCCUGUCAUGAUUUCUGCAAAUAUGGGAAGAAGCAUGCUGCUGAGGAGAAGGAAAGGCGCCCAUUUCCCAGAAGAGGGAUCAAGAAACCUACUGAUAGUAAUCAACACUCACCCGAGAUCCAAAUUCAAGUCUUUAGCAAACCUCGUACAAAGAAAAACACAGAAGGGCUUUUGCUUUCUAAAUCAGCGGACAGCAAUAAUGGUGGCCUAAAGGCUGCUCUAUCCACUGCCAGGAAGGCAUCGGUCCCAGAGCGGUUAAGACAGUCAGUUGACUCGAAGCUUUCUAGGUUUCAUGAGAGCAAGACCUCCCCGGCGGAAAGGUUAACUGGAUCAUUGGAUGGUAAACUUUCCGGGUUGAUUGAGACAUCAUCACGGGAAAGGAAGAAUACUGCUCAUCCAACUGCUCUCAGAACUUUACCUGAUCCAGAAAACAAUCUUGCCUCGAAGACACUCAAGAAAGGCAUGCCAUCAUCCUCUCUAGCAAAGCUCAAGAACCCUUCAAAUCAAGCUUCACCAAGGGCUAAAGGACUUGCCCUGUCGGAAAAACUCGGUAGUUCUUUCAAGCCUAAAUUACCGCCCUCUCCUAAUAACGAUGCAGCUGGGUUAAGUGCUCAACGAAAAAGCGAAAUUGGAACAGGACAGAAAUCUAGCGUCCUCCCCAAGGUAGCUCUAAGGAAAUUGCAGGUGUCCCCUAGACUUUCUGGGGCAGGAUUAAGUGCUCGACGACAAAGUGACAUUGGAUCAGGACAGAAAUCUAGCCUCCUCCCCAAGAUAUCUCUAAGGAAAUUGCAGGUGUCCCCAAAACCCAUGUCAUCCCCUAGACUUGCUGUAUCAGCCAGAGCUUUGGCUUCCCCAAGGGUUUCCUUGUCUACCAGGUCUUCCCUUGCUGGUGUGGCAGGCCUAAAUGCAAAGAGAAAUCGGGCUGCAAAAGUUUUAUCUGCUAUGAAGAAUGACCAACCAAAGAAAGAGGACAAAAUUAGGAAAGCAGCAAGUAACUUGCAGUCCAAGAUUCAGGACAAGAGUAAGAAGGAGGUGACUAGCAAGCAGAGAACGAUAAAGAAAGUGAAGGAAGAGGGCGAUGACAAGGUGGAGGAAAAAACUUUGUAUGUCAUCAAAAUGGAAACCGAGGACAAACAUAUGGAGUCUGACCUGAACGAACGUCUCGACGGCGAUACUUCACCUCCUCCAGUUUCAUCCCCUAGCCAGUUAUCUCUCCUGGGAUGUUCUUCAGCAUCAUCGGCUAACAAUGAAGAAGAAGAGGGAUCCGAGUAUAGUUUGACUGAUGGUGAAGAUGAGUCUUCAUAUGAAUAUGACGAUGAAACAGAGUCCAUGGGAAUUGAAGAACGAAAUAAAUGGAACAGAAGGAAGGCGAUGGUUUCCUCUUCUGGAGAUAUUGAUCCACAACCCGUGAAGCUACGUUUCAGGAGGGGGAAAGUGAUUGAGAUAAAGUCGGAGAACGAUGGUCCAAGAAGGCUGAAGUUCAGGAGAAGCAGAGUAUUAAGUGAGGGCAAGAAUCCGAAGGCUGAUGGUCGUGUGAGGUAUCAGAGCAGGGGAGAAGGUGAUGUUGUUGAUGCAAAGAAGAGCGAGGAAAAAGUUGUUUUGAGACAUCAAGAAGUGGAUGGAAAGAAAGAUGCUGGACAAGGAGGGCUGUUCAACAAUGUGAUUGAGGAAACUGCGAGCAAACUGGCGGAGACGAGGAAGAGUAAGGUGAAGGCCCUGGUGGGUGCUUUCGAAACUGUGAUCUCCCUUCAAGAUGUGAAGCCCUCUGGAAAUGUCAUCGUCUCAUGACAGUGAUGAGUGGAUUAAUGAAGUCCCCAUGCUGAACUUUGAAUUGGGUUUCUUGCCAAUAGAGCACAGAUUUGUGUGUGAGUGUGAUGAGAGGGUGACAUAGAUUGUGUGUGAUGAGAAGGUGGCUUGAUCUUUUUGGUAUUUCCAAAUUAGUUAUUCAGCGAUCUGGGUUUGGUUUUGUGUGAAAAUAAUCGAAGGAAGUAAUAAAAUGAAUCAAAUAUGAGCUCAGCCACCUUUCUCCGGUUACUGAAUAGGCAUUAGGCUUGAUCUUCAGGACUUGCAAUCUCUUCACAACGUUUAAAGUUCGAAAAUGAUUUUGGAGACAUAUCUGGGAUGAGAGUUGGAAGCAUUACCAUUUGUAUAAAUUUACCAAACAUGUUGAUGAUGGUUACCCGUUUUCAAUUAAAUCAUUAGGUAUUCGGUUAGAUUUUGCGAGAGUUUAACGAUAAUAAUCCGUAGGUAUUCGA